AUGGAGAUCUUCAUCAGCAAUGUUGCCGUGCAGGGAACUGCCGGAGUUUUGAAGAGCUCCUUGUGUUCGCAUCCUCUAGCUCUCGAGAUCCAGCCCGGAACAGCAGACUGCGACAAAUGGAACGGCAAACCGUGGGCUACAUUGACCUCCCUCGAGGCUGCCGAUGGAGAGAAAUUCCUCCGGUACCAUGGUCAACACAAGUCUAACCCGAACCACUUGAGAUCAGUUCCUGUGGAUACCGCACUCUACAAAAAGUUGUAUUUGGCCAACCAGAAGAUUUUUUUUGCAAGGAGUAGCCGAGUCGCAAAUUCUCUGACGAUGAUUGUUUCUAGAGGUCAUCCUAAGCCCCAAGAUAUCUUUCCCGUGAUCUUCGCUACUUCUUUUAUGUCCUGUGGCACAUGGACUUACGAAGGAUCUGAUCUUGUGUAUGCAUCCGAAGUCAACCUCCCUUGGCGAGGCCUUGCUCAGUUCGGAAGGAGAACCCAAAAUAAUCCCACUGCAUCGUUCACUUUCUCAAUGCAAGAAGCUACGCGGUUCUUCAGACAGAUUUCUCGCGAUCCAGUAGCCGAGGCGAUGGAACUGCUCACCUUGAAAGCCGUUCCCAAGAAGCCAAUGAACUUGAGAAAGGGGUUUGAAAGAAAUCGUAUCUCAGCACUUAACCUCAUGCAUGAGCCUAUCGCAAGCAACUGUUUUGUGUUUCGGAUCGAGGGCCUGGUAGCCUUAUCUUCCGGACGCGACAUUGGACUUGUCGCUUCUACAGAGGAUACACUGAAGAAGCUGUGCAAAGCACCUGAAAUACCUCGCAUGAUCCUGCGACAUAUAGAUGUACGAAUGCCACAAGUCAGCCUUGCCUCUUCAAUUGGGGUCCUCGACGAUGCGCUCUCAAGUUUUAACUUACUUCUUGCCAUGUUGGAUCGUUCCGGCCCGACUGUCACUAUCUCUGCUGUUCAAAAGCUGUUCCACCAGAUACCAUUUCCAUCGAUAGAUACCGAAGUAUCGGAUCUGAGUUUGGGAGCCAUUAUUGAGCUACUGGGCGAUAACGAAGUCAAUGCCCUGAAUCUCGGUGUUGCUGCGGAACGUGAUGCGAAUAAACCCAAGAACGUGACAUCCAUCCACCGAGCGAGAGUGACAGCGACAUCGAUCACCUUGUCAGGACCUCAGCUGGAAAGCAACAAUCGAACACUCCGGAAGUACAAGGAAUUUCAUGAUUACUUCAUGCGUGUCUCUUUUGGCGCGGAGGAUGGCGAACCACUCAUGUACCAUUCGAAGGUCUCAAAUUAUCACGUCUACCACGGAAGAUUCCAGGAAAUACCCGACAGGGGUGUAAAAAUUGGCGGUAGAGUGUUUUCGUUCCUUGGAUUCCCGCAGUCUUCUUUGCGUGAGCGUAGCUAUUGGCUCGUGGCACCGUUUGGAUCCCUUGGUUCGUUACUUCUGGAUCGCGACAUCACUGGUGGUCUGGGGAAUUUCACUCUUAUCCGAUCGCCGGCCAAGUGUGCUGCCAGGAUCGGCCAGGCCUUCUCUGAUACCAGAAGUUUUAUGACUAUCGAUCCUUUGAUUGUACGCAACAUGGAAGAUAUUAAACGAAGCGGCUAUGUUUUCAGCGAUGGUUGCGGAACAAUAGCAUUGUCGUUGUUAUGUCUAGGUGCCAAAGGAAUGAUAUCCCUUGACAGUCGCCUCGAUGGUGAUCAGUUAUGUCUUCGCGACUCCAUGAUCAAAUUUGACGGCUCAACCUCCAACGACAUUGAAAUCUACGAUAUUACUUACAGACCCUUACCAGUCUAUAUGAACCGAAAAUUCAUCAAGAUCGAUCAUGGAGAACCAGCAACUAAAGAAAUCACGUCUCUGCGGAUGAUCACAGAGAGCCCCAUCAAUGCCUCAAGUUUCUUGAAGAGACAGGGUGUCGGUGAUUCUUUUCAAUUCCCAGAACUGAUCUUAAGGCUCCUUCGAAAACUGAAGCACGAGGCGAGGAUUCCUGUCCCUCGGGGCUGGCACCUGCAUGGUAUCAUGGACGAGACUGGGUCCUUGAAAGAGGGCGAGAUCUUCUGUGUUGGUGUUGAAGAGGGCGUAAAGAAUGUAAUCACGUCAGAGAGGUUGGUCAUCACUCGAGCACCUGCUUUGGAUCCUGGCGACGUCCGGAUUGCGAAGGCUGUCAUGCCACCUGCGGAAUCGCCUCUGAUGGAGCUCGGCGGUGGUGAUCUGGAUGGAGACCGCUUCUAUGUCAUUUGGGAUGAUGAUGCGCUGCCGGAAAAUGAAUUUGAGGCCGCCGAGUACCCUAGCCUCCCCCGGUGGAUAUUGGCCGCCCUGUUCAACGCGAAGAUAUCACUCGAUUCUGCAUUGAUCAUCAAGAGAACGAGCGGCUCGGUUCCAUCGCAGUUGGUCACCGCAUCGCAGCAGAUUAUUUGCCGGGGGGGAACCGACGCUGAGAAGUGCAAGACCUUCGCAAUGCUCCAUGGAGUUGCUGUAGACUUUCCGAAGACGGGUAUCCCGGCAUGUUGUGUCGAUCCAACCCAAAUACCCGUUCGAAGGAGACUCUGGAUUACUUACUCCAUCCUGAAAGAUGGAGGAGACUGGCCCGAAGAGGCUUUGGCUCGGCCCCUGGCUUGCUUUUGUAGCGCCGAGGAGCAACUGGUCAGCUUCAAGUAUCUGGCUGCUUCGCUGUGCCUGAGGGAGGUGGAUAAAAUUUCCGAGGCUCAUGAUGGUUUGUAG